UUUAGCGAUGCUGGAGACUGAAGUGGGCGGAGCUGGCUGGUGCUGCUUGCAGCUGGACUCGGGAGCGAGGACUCUGCGACGAGGAUGAAAAGUCUCCAGGGGGUAAGACCUGUCGUUGCACCUAUUUUUGUGGAUUCCCUCUUUUUCACCGGCAAGCCAGAACUAGUGUGGUGCAAUUGCGGGUGAACGACCGAGCACGUUGCCUCCUUUUCUGGUGGUGUGUUGGAGCAAAUUGAACGUGAAAGGACUCGUGAAAUGGUGAAGUCCUUCUCGGAGAUCUGGACUUUGAGUGACAACCGGGAAGACUUUGGGAAAAGUAGCUUUUUACUUUAAAUUUGUAUUGAUCAAGUUGUCAACAUGACUGAAAACUUGUGACUUUGCCCUCAGAACUUCGUCAAAUUGGACUGAUUGUGACGCCGCUCCAUUUUUUUAAGCUAUAUAUUUUUUCUAAUAUCACGCGUAUGGCGUGUUAUCAUUUUUAAAAGCGAACCUCAGCCACAGUGUUUUGGCUUUGUGACGGAAGUCCACCUUAAAUGCAGACUGGUCUGUGGUCCGCGAGAUCACAGCUGAGUCGCCAGUCCCAUCUGAUCGUUCUUUCAAGGCUAAACAGAGGACACAAAGCCAUUGUGCACCAUUCACCAUCAUUAUGGAGCUGACAUUCAGGAUCCUUGGUCUGCUGGGGUGCGUCUUCCUAGACUGGGCUCCUCUGGCUUCUGCUGAGGAAGAGGUGCUGAUGAAUACAAAGGUAGAGACGUCUGAUCUCAGAUGGACCAUCUUCUCACGGGCCAAGCCUGAGUGGGAGGAAGUGAGCGGUUUAGAUGAGGAGAGCAACAGCGUCAGGACCUUCCAGAUCUGUCAGACUGACAGCUCAUUCAGCCACUGGCUACGGAGCGGCUUUAUCCAACGACGUGGAGCCUCUCAAGUUUACGUGGAGUUGCGCUUCACCAUGAUGGAGUGCUCCUCCGGGAACAGCCACCAUCGCAGCUGCAAGGAGACCUUUAACCUCUAUUACUACCAGGCCGACGCCAACGAGGCCACGGACACGUACCCACCUUGGAUGGAGAACCCCUACACAAAGGUGGAUACAGUGGCAGCAGACUUUCUCCUCAGGAAGGGCGGCGAACGGAAAUCCAACAUCAAGACCAUAAGACUCGGCCCUUUAUCCAAGAGAGGCUUCUACUUGGCCUUUCAGGCUCAGGGCUCCUGCAUGGCCUUGCUCUCCGUCAGGGUUUUCUUCAAGAAGUGUCCCCCCCUCGUCAGCGCUCUCUCCUCUUUUCCUGAGACCAUACCUCGCACUCUGGUACAGGAGGCGCAGGGUGUGUGUGUGGAGCAUGCCGCACAGCAGGGACCCAGAGCUAGGUCCCCCAAGCUUUUCUGCGGUGAAGAUGGCCAGUGGGUGGGCCAGCCGACUACUUCUUGUUCCUGUAUCCCUGGAUAUGAGGCAGCUGACGGACAAACAAGAUGCACAGCUUGUCCCGUGGGUCACUUCAAGUCCGGCACCGAGGGACAGUGCGCAGUCUGUCCGGGAGCAAGCCACGCCUCCGUAAGGGGGGAGGCGGUAUGUGCAUGUCGCCCCGGAUACUUCCGAGCACGAUCCGACAGCCCUGACACUCCAUGCACCAGACCUCCUUCAGCACCACGCAGCAUCGCCUCCCAGAUUAACGGCACUUCAUUACGGUUGGAGUGGAACGAGCCUCUGGACAACGGCGGCCGGGCGGACCUCAGCUACAACAUCAGGUGCCUCAUGUGCAGGACGCCUAGGGGCUCGUGCGUGUCUUGCGGCGACAGCAUCAGUUACCGACCGACUCAGCACGGCCUGACCAGUCGCAGGGUGGAAGUUUGGGGCCUGCUGCCUCACACGACAUACACCUUUGCCAUCCAAGCUCUCAAUGGGGUGUCUCAACUCAGCAGCAAAGACCCCUCCAGCGAGAGUGUCAACAUCACCACCAGCUAUGAUGUGCCGUCGCUAGUGUCUGUGAUUCGGAAGAGUGACUCCACAGAGAGCAGCCUAACUCUUCACUGGUCCGUCCCUGUGCAGCCACAUUACACCAUUCUGCAGUACCAACUACGUUACUGUGAGAAGGAGCGGCGCAGCGAGGAUCCGUGCCUCUACACGGACAGUAACAGAAACCAGGCGGUGCUGACGGACCUCCGCAGAGCCACUCAGUACGAAGUACAGGUCCGGGCCCGCACCAUGGCCGGUUAUGGCAGCUUCAGUCCCGCAGCCGUCUUCAGCACCCUGCCUGAUGGAAUGGACUCUGCCUCCCAGUUCUUGGUGCCAGGCAUCCUCAUCGCCAUCGGGAUGCUGCUGUUGGUCACUUUCAUCUUUGUGGCUGCUUACUGCAUACGCAGACACAGUCGCAUCAAGGAUCCAGAACUGAGCGACAAAAACAGCCAGUACUUAGUAGGCCAAGGGGUCAAGGUUUAUAUCGACCCCUUCACCUACGAGGACCCCAACGAGGCCGUGCGCGAAUUUGCCAAGGAAAUCGAUGUUUCCUUCGUGAAGAUUGAGGAGGUUAUCGGCGCAGGAGAGUUUGGGGAGGUGUGCCGAGGGCGACUUAGGGUCCCCGGAAAAAAAGAAAACUACGUGGCGAUAAAGACACUGAAAGGUGGCUACACGGAUAAGCAGCGACGUGACUUCCUGUCCGAGGCGUCCAUCAUGGGCCAGUUCCAGCACCCUAACAUAAUACACCUAGAGGGCAUCAUCACAGCCAGCUGUCCGGUCAUGAUCCUCACCGAGUUUAUGGAAAACGGCGCCCUGGAUUCUUUUCUUCGGCUGAAUGACAGCCAGUUCACACCCAUCCAGCUGGUGGGAAUGCUGCGCGGCAUCGCCUCAGGCAUGAAAUACCUAGCAGAGAUGAGCUACGUCCACCGAGACCUGGCGGCUCGCAACAUCCUGAUCAACAGUAACCUAGUAUGCAAGGUGUCCGACUUUGGCUUGUCACGUUUCUUGCAAGAGAAUUCCUCUGACCCAACCUACACCAGCUCCUUGGGAGGAAAAAUCCCAAUCCGCUGGACAGCGCCAGAAGCUAUCGCCUUCAGAAAGUUUACAUCAGCCUCAGAUGUGUGGAGCUACGGGAUCGUUAUGUGGGAGGUCAUGUCCUUUGGAGAGAGGCCCUACUGGGACAUGAGCAACCAAGAUGUCAUCAAUGCCAUAGAGCAAGACUAUCGGCUGCCCCCACCUCCUGACUGCCCCACCCACCUCCACCAACUGAUGCUAGACUGCUGGCAGAAGGAUCGCUCCGCAAGGCCGCGUUUUGCCGAGCUGGUCAGCGCCUUGGACAAACUGAUCCGGAACCCUGCGUCGUUGAAAAUUGUCGCUCAGGAGGGAGGAGGGCCUUCCUACCCCCUGUUGGGCCAGCGGUCACCAAUGGCCCUCUCGUCCUGUGCCCCUGUGGGGGAAUGGUUGAGGGCCAUCAAAAUGGAGCGCUAUGAGGACAGCUUCCUGCAGGCUGGUCUGGCUACCGUGGAGCAGCUGGGGCAGAUCACAACACAAGACUUGCUGCACAUGGGUGUGACUUUGGCCGGCCAUCAGAGGAAGAUCCUCUCCAGCAUCCAGACCAUGAACUUCCAAAACAAGAGCCCAACAACUGUGACCUUCUAGCUUGUCCGAACACACAUGUCAGAAAAGCAAGCCAAACCCGAAGCGAGACAUUGACAGGCUUUAUUAACGAUCAUGCUGAAAACCAAGAAUCAAACAAGACUCGGCCGGAGACUCAGUCAACGCGGCCGACACCGACACGCGCAGAGGGACUCCUUUCUUAGCCGGCUGCGCUCAUGUGUGGACGGACCCCCAUUUCAAGUGCCAAGCUAAGAGAGACGAUUAAGAACGCGGUGAUGAAAAGCAGCUGCUUGUCAAAUGCAGCAAAGAAGCUUAAGGCCAAUGAAAAGGUCUCACACGGUUGUGUUAAGACACACAAGCUCCACUCACACACGUCUCCUUCACAGCUUUCAUAUCAAGAUUUGAACACUUGACCUGUGUGAGAUUUUUCUUUUUUUUUAUUCAUUUGAUUUCAACAAAACCUCUCUUUACUCAGGUGUGGCGUGUAAAGCAGGCUUUGCUGUGCUGGCUUGUCGUUAUAACUUGUUUUGUAAAAAAAAAAAAAAAAAAAGCAGCACUUGUCGCAUUGUAAUAUCCGCUCACUCUGUGUUUUCUCGUGAAUGGGACAUGCAGUGUGAUUUUGUUUUUUUUUUUUCCAGAAACUUGAACAUGGACCAAACACGACCACAGAAAUCUCUUGUUUUCUAAUGUCAGUGCCGAUAACGCGCACAUUAUCUUCCACUGCCAUUCUUUUUGGUGAGACUCUUCAUGAGAGGAAGCCUCGUGUCAAUGUACAGCAACUGUAUUUUUAUGACAUUGUAUUUCUUGCCACAUUGUUUGUGUUUUUGCCUCCAGCUGUACAAAAAGUCUUCUUAAAUACUCAGAUUGCAUAUAAUGCACCCAGUGUGCCGAAUGCCCUGGUUUCAGAAUGGAAUGCGAACAGCAGAAGAGUUGCUGUUUGAUUAGCACCACCGCCAUUCCUUGUCUUAGUGACUACAAAACAAGCGCUUGCUAAAGAAGAAACUAAUCCCAUUUUCGUUUUCUCCCAAGAAUUUGCAUCUUUUUAAAGGGUAAGAACAGUCAUUCUGGCAUUUAUGGCAAUUAGUUUGCAUAACGUCCCCCAGGAGGGCGACAGCCCUGCAGUGCAUGGGGGAAUGUAUCCCGCCAAACAGCCGUGUCGGAUACGGAAAGGCACACUACUUCUUUCAAAUAGUUCAUUCUCUAGACCAUAAAACACAGAAUCCUUUUUUUUUAGUUGGCAUUUUGGAUUUUAAUUUGCACCAUUGAAGAUAAGUGUGCUAAUGCAGAAUACAGAACACCCCUCCUUGUUCCCCCGCUGUACCUGAAUGAGCGGACUGUAGCUCACAGGAGCUUAAAUAUGGCUUUUCUAUCAUCUGGGAUCAUUUUCAGUGGCUUUAAGCAGAUUGAGGCGCAAUUAACCCUCGCUGAUUAACAAGAAGCCACCCAAAUGAGGCGCCGGAAAUGUGUGGCCUUUUAAUGGCUGCACUUUUAUAAUCAAUACAGAGUGGACCGAAGACUCCAAUCAGUGUAAAUCAAACUGGCGCUUGGUGUGCCGUCUUUUUUUUAAAGCUCAUGUAAACCAUGACAAGCCUUCAUCCAAAGCACUGGGGAUGUUGACGCAAGUAUGUCAGUGGUUCCUUUUGAAGGAUCGUGAGAAAUGCGGUCUUCAUAUUGAAGAUCUCCAUAUGCUCCACUUUGAAAUAACCGAUAAAAAGAUGUUUGAUUACUGUCCUGUGUGUAGGCUAAUUUGUAUUCAGUAUUCAUAAAUAAAGACGUUCAUAAAUAUGCAUCGUGUAAAGUUUUAUUUGUAGGUAGAUACAAUUCCACAAGGGCGUAGGCUUGGUCUCAACAUAGGUAGGGACGAUAUAACAGCAUAACCUGCAUGUAUACUUCUUGCAUGGAAGGGCUACAUUUCUGAAGAAUAUGAACCUAAUUAAUUUAUAUGCUAAAUCACAGGUGCUCAUUAAAUCGAUCACGAUCGACCAAUCGAUCGAAAUGCUAGUGUGGGUAGCUCGCGGCAUCACCCCCACCCACUUUUUUUUUUCAUGUACAGUUAAUUAUGACUGUUGUAUCUUGUGUUGUGUGAGCAACAUAUAAUGUUAUGCAGCACCAGGGCUGUCAACAGACUUGCAGAGGCCUGGGGACCAUUAUAGUGCUCCCCACCCCUGUCACCGUCUUGUCACAACAACAUACGCAGUACUUUACCGCUUUGCAAGCAAUGACUGUGUAAAAUUUCAAAUUAUUUAAUAGGAGAUGGACAAAAUUUAACAGACUGUAAUGUGAUGUGACACAAUAUAAACAAUUUCCAUCUAUUGUCCCUUGUAGUACAGUACAAUAUAACUGCGAGUGCUAUGCCUGCCUGCUAAGUAGCAAAACAGUAUAACUAAACAUCCUGUGCCUGCUUCCUCCACAUCCCUGGGGUUAUCAAGCCCUCAAACAGUGAUGCGCCUAGAUUUUUUUGACAAAGUCAUUUAUAACAUCAGUCAAAUCUAGUUUUUGAGCAAGCUCACGAUCAAUGGAGAGCAUGGUGUUACCGGCAUCCCCAAGGGGCCGCUGUGCCCUACAAUAUGACCGGCUUUACCAAUUUGGCGCAGACGAAGAGGUGGGCGAGCAUAAGGGGGUGAGAUAGGAGUUGUUGAGAGUUGUUGCGCGGCAGUGCAGAGUUGAGUGGCUGUGAGUCCCUCAUUGUUAAUAAAAGUUCCAGCAAAAAGCCAUCCGACGCGUCUCUGCAUUUUUAUGCACAUCGCCAUCUUCCUGAAUUACAACCCGGACGAACUGACAAAUGAGCCGUCCACCCGUCCUCUCCACACUACGGAGCGGCGUUGAGAGCACCGCAACUUAGCAUAAAGUGCAGUUUGCUAACAAUGGCUUGGUUGUUAAGCCUGCCCUGUGAUAUGGUGGAGCGUAGGUAGUUUUUUAUUAUUUUCAUUUUACUGAAGGCUUGCUCUCCUCCAGCUACAGUCACUGGCAAAGAUAUGAAAAUGCCUAGCACUUGUGUGCGCCAGAGCGGGGUCAAACCAUUCCCUGCUGAGACAGGGGAGGCGGGGCAUUGUGCAAAAAAAGGAAAAAAUAUAUAUUUGAAAUAUUUAAUGUGUUAAAGUUUUUAAGUAUAUAUCGAGUAGAACAUACUAUUGUGAAUGUGAAUGUAAAGUAAAAAUAAAUUAAGGGUCAUUCAGGGGCCCUUAUGGUCCUGAGGUCCGGGACAACAUACCCUGUGUAAAACACUACUGUUUUUUACCUCGUUUAUGAUUAAUGUAUGAUUAUCUGAGGAAAAUGUCUGCAUAGCUGCAAAUAACAUGUUUUAAGUAAUGUAGAAAAUAAAUUAAUCCGUUUAAAUAAAUGCAAGUCAUCAGUCAAUCCACCCUGAAUUUGAGGGAAAAAAAUGGACUGGAACAUUCAGCAAGUGAAAAAUGGUAAAUGUAAGACUGAACAUAAUGAAAAUAAUUCACUUAAUUAUGGUAGGGUCAAUUACUGUAUAUCUUUACAACAUAUGGGAAGACAAUCUAAAUGACCUAUAUAACUGAG